CAACGACACACCUUGGUGUCGAGAUACUAAUCGUCUCCCUCCAUCACAGCCAUGGCCUCCAAACUCAACCCGCUGCGGCUACGGCCCGUCGUCCGUAGCUUCCAAUGCGCAGUGAGGCACCAGAGCAGAUCUUUCACAGCUGCGGCCCAGCGACGCAGCGACACCCUCAUGGUGCACCGCGACACCCCAGAAAACAACCCGAACAUCCCGUUCAAGUUCACGGAGCAGAAUGAGAAGGUCAUCCAGGAGAUCUUGGCUCGAUAUCCGCCACAGUACAAGAAGGCUGCUGUGAUGCCGCUGCUGGAUCUGGGACAGCGACAGCAUGGCUUCACCAGCAUCAGCGUCAUGAACGAGGUGGCGAGAAUUCUGGAGAUGCCCCCCAUGCGCGUCUACGAGGUGGCGACGUUCUACACCAUGUACAAUCGGACGCCCGUGGGCAAGUACCACGUCCAGUGCUGCACGACGACGCCGUGCAUGCUCCGCAACAGCGACAGCAUCAUGAAGGCCAUCGAGGACCACCUUGGCAUCCACCCAGGCCAGACGACCAAGGACGGUCUCUUCACCUUCACCGAGGUAGAGUGCCUGGGCGCCUGCGCCAACGCGCCCAUGGUUCAGAUCAACGACGACUACUACGAGGACCUGACGUACGACACAACGGUCUCUCUGCUCAAGGCUCUGCAGCACGCUGCUGAGGUGACGGGUGCCGAAGUGCCGAAGCCGGGUCCGAUGAGCGGGCGGGCUAGUUGCGAGAACAGCGCAGGUAUCACGAGCUUGAAGGAUGUGGAUGCGAUUGACUGGAAGGCAGGGCUGAGGAAGGACGGCGCGCUCGGAAAGGACUUUGCACCGUCGUAAGGUGCAGGGCAGGCGUAUAGACUGUACAUAUGUUAUAGCUAGUAAGCAAAAGGUGCUUCCGUUCUUUGUUCUGGUGAUCCCGUAGAUCUUUCGAUCCUUGUGCAGGCAAUCGCAAUCCAAAGACGGCCAUGACAGCGCUUGGCGACAUUUCUCGGUGAUUUGAGACGGGCAGCCGCGAUCAGCGCAGGUAGAUGACAGUCGCACCUCCUUCAACAGGUAUGCACUUUCAAGUCACUGGCACGCAACCACUCCACCAAAUCUUUGACACGAAUCUUCAACCGUCCGAUGACCG